AUGCAGAAGAUUAUUAUUAAUUUUGCAAAUAUACAUUGCGAUAAAUGUGAAGGAAUCAUAAGAAAAGUUUUAAGUCGUUAUUAUAAAAUCAGAGAAGAGACUAAUUUGAAUGCAAACUUAAAGGCAUCUGAGGUUAUAUUCAAACUUGAAAAUAAUGAAGUUACGUUAUAUGGCAAUGAUUUGAUUGAUUUCCAGGGUGAUAUGAAGCGACUUAUCAAAAGUUUAGGGAAAGCUGGGUUUGAUAUUUUGUCUUGGGAUUUAUACAAUGGCGACGAAACUGUGAGUUCAUCCCAAAUGGUCAAUACUAAUAUUCAAGGAGCUGACGAACCAGAUGGUUUCAUAGAUAUUGUUGGAAUGUACCACAAAUUUAUUAACUCAAGAAACAAAAAGAAGCAUUUGAAUUAUUGUAAAGUGUGUCAAGAAUCGCAACAACACAAGAAGAAAUCGAUGGAUUCUGAUUAUGCUUCAAGCAGCGAAGCCACUGUUGUUGAAAUUCCACACCAAGAGUUCCGAGCAUCGUUUUUGGUUACUGGAAUGACAUGUGCAUCAUGUGCACAGUCCAUCACUGACAAUUUGCGAUCAAUCUUAGGUGAAUCAAAGAAUGAAGAUGAACCCAAUUUUUCUGUCAACGUAAUUCAGCAAUCAGUGGUUGUAAUUAUCCCUAACAAACAGAUUAUUAAUAAAAUUGUUGAUGCGAUCAAUGACAUGGGGUUUGAUUGUAAAUUAAUCGAAGUUUUGCCAGUGCAAAGGUCAGUCAAUACUAAAGUAACAGCAUUGAUUGGAGGAAUGACAUGUGCUGCUUGUGCUAAUUCAAUUGACAGUGCAGUUAAAGAAUUGCCAUUUAUCUUAGAAAGUGGGAUUAAUGUAGUGACUAAAGCUGCCCAAUUUGUUUUGGAGGAUGAUGGAGGUCUGAAUAUCGCCAAAUUGAAGGAAACAAUUGAAGAUUGUGGAUUUGAUUUUGAAUUGUUAAGUACUGAAAAAGUCAACUAUACAUCAGGGAAACAAAAGCCAAGAUCGAUUAACUUAAAAGUGAACGGAAUGUUUUGUAACCAUUGCCCAGAUAUUAUAACUCAAUAUUUAACUAAUUACGGUGACGCAGUUGUCAUUAAUGAUCCAAUAUCUCUUGAUCACCCAGUGAUCAAGUUUACGUAUGUUCCACUGCAAACCCUAAAGACAAGAAAAAUUUUGUUUGAUUUGAACCAUCUCAAAGAUGAUGGUAAUGGUGGGUAUAUAAUAACUCCUGAUGAAAAGGGUGCUUUUGAGUGUGAAAUCAUCAAGCCGGUGACAGUAGACGAGCAUGUCAGAAAAUUAGCUCACAGAGAAGUUGUAGGGUUAGCAAUAAGAUUAACCAUAGCCACUUUGUUUGCAAUUCCAACAUUUAUAUUUGGAAUUGUUGCCAUGUCAUUGUUGCCUAAACAUCAUUCUUUCCGAGUUUGGGUGGAAGAUCCAAUUUGGGUUGGUAAUGUUUCCCGGAACUCUUGGAUAUUGUUUAUCUUAGCAACACCUGUUUAUUUUUUUGCAGCUGAUACUUUCCAUCGUAAAGCAAUUAAAGAGAUAAAGUCUUUAUGGUUCCAUAAGAAUUCGUUUAAAUCCCGAUUACUCAAGUUUGGGUCCAUGAAUUUAUUGAUGAGUUUGGGAACAACUGUUGCUUAUUUUGCUAGUAUUGUUUUAAUUGGGUUAAGUGCAUCACAGAAACCCAAGACCCACCAUGGAUUACACACAACGUACUUUGAUUCCGUCGUAUUUUUGUCAUUCUUUUUAUUGAUUGGUAAACUAUUACAAAGUUAUUCCAAAAGUAAAACUGCAGACGCUAUUUCUGAGUUGUCUAAAUUGAAACAAACGGAAGCCACAUUAAUUGAGGAUGACAAAGACACACGAGUUGAUAUUCAGUUGCUAGAAAUUGGUGAUCAAAUAAGAAUCGGAACAGGUGAGUCCCCACCAGUUGAUUGUGUUUUAGUAGAAGGAAGUACUGAGUUUGAUGAAAGUGCAUUGACUGGUGAAUCAACUCCAGUCAAACACCAAGAGGGCCACCAGAUUUUCUCCGGUACUGUUAAUAUUGGUAACAGUUCAGUUGUUGGAAAGGUUACUAGUCUCGAAGGAGAUUCGUUGUUAAACCAAAUUGUUAAUACGGUGAGAGAUGGUCAAAUGCGCAAAGCACCCAUGGAACGUACAGCUGAUUUGAUUACUGGUUAUUUUGUUCCAUUAAUCAUUUCCUGUGCUGUUAUUACAUGGGUUAUAUGGUUGGCUUUGGGUUACUCGGGAGCUUUACCUCAAAGUUAUUUGGACAUUGAUGUUGGUGGAUGGACUGUGUGGUCGCUUGAGUUUGCGAUUGCGGUGUUUGUUGUUGCAUGUCCUUGUGGGAUUGGACUUGCUGCCCCAACAGCUCUCUUUGUUGGGUCCGGGCUAGCAGCAAAAAAUGGUAUAUUAGCUAAAGGUGGUGGGGUUGCAUUCCAGGAUGGAGCCAAUGUCAAUAUUGUGUGUUUUGAUAAAACUGGAACCUUGACCAAAGGAGAAUUAACAAUCACUGAUUUCCACUUUCCUGAUAAAAAUAUUGUUGCUAGAACGUUCGCCUUGCAAGCAGCUCGAGACUUAGAGGUCCCGUCACAUCAUCCAUUGGGAAAAGCAGUGAAGUCGUUUAUUGCUGGGUAUGAUAGAAACUCAUUGACGGCCAAUAAGAUUCCUCAAGUUGAGACUGUUCCAGGGAAAGGGUUGAAAGGACAAAUAAUUUAUGAUGAAGGUGAUGAUAUAUGGAACGAAUACAAACCAACGCAAGCAAUUCUUGGUAAUGAAAAAUUAAUGGAAGAAAAUAAUAUUGAAUUCACUGAAAAAGAAAGACAAUGGUUGGACAAAUGGAAAGGAGAAUGCAAAUCAGUGAUUUUGGUCGGUUUACAAUGUGAAUCAUAUUUUAAAGACUCCAAAUUCCAUUUGGUUUUUAUAAUGGCUGCGAGAGAUCAGCUUAGACCAGAAACAAAAAAGGUUAUUGAGUUUUUGAAACAUAAAGACAUCGAAUGUUGGAUGAUUACUGGUGAUAACAAGCUUACAGCUGAUGCCAUUGCUAAAGAGAUUGGAAUUGAGAAUGUUGUGAGUGAGGUGUUACCAGACGAAAAAGAAGCACAAAUUAAAAAGAUUCGACAAUUGAAACUGAGUGGUAAGAAAGAACCAGUAAUUGCCAUGAUUGGUGAUGGAAUAAAUGAUGCUCCUGCUUUAGCUUCAGCUGAUGUUGGAAUUGCUUUAUCUUCAGGUGCAGAUUUGGCUGUUACUUCCAGUGAUUUUAUUUUGCUUAAUAAGAUACAUCCUUUGGUCAGCCUUGCAACACUUUUAGAUAUUUGUUCCAAAGUUUUCCAGAGAGUGAAGUUGAAUUUUGGAUGGAGUUUAGUUUACAAUUUGAUAGCUCUUCCUAUUGCUGCUGGGGUGAUUUAUCCUUAUAAGAAUUCCCGAUUGGAUCCUGUGUGGGCCAGUGCUGCCAUGGCCUUGUCUUCUGUAAGUGUGGUCUUAAGUAGCUUGGCUUUAAAAUUGUAUAAACCACUGCUCAAAGCUGAAGAUUUUGGUAUUGGUAAUAACACCGAGAGUGAGCUUUCACCAAACGAAGUAUAG